CAGGAACCCCCCGCUCAGUUCCUUGUCCCCCACUCUCCAACCCCGCAGACCAUCUGGGCCCUAGCCCUGCCCCAGCUAUGGCUCCUGGGGCUGCCUGGUCCAGCCCCAGCCCCGUCCUGGCUGCGCUGCUCUUCUCUGCUUUGGUGCUCUGCCCGGCCCAGGCCAUUGUGGUUUACACGGACAGGGAGGUCUACGGCGCUGUGGGCUCCCGCGUGACCCUGCACUGCUCCUUCUGGUCCAGCGAGUGGGUCUCAGACGACAUCUCCUUCACGUGGCGCUACCAGCCCGAAGGGGGCCGCGAUGCCAUCUCGAUCUUCCACUAUGCCAAGGGACAGCCCUACAUCGACGAGGUGGGCACCUUCAAGGAGCGCAUCCAGUGGGUGGGGGACCCCCGCUGGAAGGAUGGCUCCAUCAUCAUACACAACCUGGACUACAGUGACAAUGGCACUUUCACCUGUGACGUCAAAAACCCACCGGACAUAGUGGGCAAGACCUCUAAGGUCACGCUCUACGUCUUUGAAAAAGUGCCCACUCGCUACGGAGUGGUGCUGGGGGCCGUGAUCGGGGGCAUCCUGGGCGGGGUGCUCCUGCUGCUGCUGCUCUUCUACCUGGUCCGGUACUGCUGGCUGCGCAGGCAGGCGGCGCUGCAGAGGAGGCUCAGUGCCAUGGAGAAGGGGAAAUUGCACAAGCUUGGAAAGGACACGUCCAAGCGCGGCCGGCAGACGCCGGUGCUGUAUGCCAUGCUGGACCACAGCAGGAGCACCAAAGCUGCCAGUGAGAAGAAGUCCAAGGGGCUGGGGGAGUCUCGCAAGGAUAAGAAAUAGCGGUUAGCGGGCCGGGCGGGGGCUCGGGGGCCAGGGGCGGAGUCGUCCAGAGGCGCUCAGGUGGUGGUCAUCGAGAUGGAGCUCCGAAGGGACGAGCAGAGCCCGGAGCUCCGGCCUGCUGUCAAGUCCCCCAGCAGAACCAGCCUCAAGAACGCCCUCAAGAACAUGAUGGGCCUGGACUCCGACAAGUGAUCAGCCCCCAGGCCCUGCCCGAGCAGGGGGACCUAGGCGCCUCUUACCUGUCUAGGUGCUCUCCUCCUCAGCUCCCAGCCCCGCCCUGCCCUCAUCCCUACGAGAUGUAAGUUUCAUUCCAAAAUUCAUUCCCCAGGCACAUCAUAUCCUCCCCCACCUCCACCCCCUGGCUUUCUGGGAGCCCAGGGCCUGAUCCUACCCUGCACCGGCCCCAAGGACUGUGUGUUUGGUGCCUGUCCCUCCGGCACUGAGAAGAAAGGGACCUUGAUACCCCGCGCCUCGUCUCCGGGCCACCUGCAUCCCCACCCCCUGCACCACCCAGCCCGUCUCUGCCCCCGUCCUCCCGGCCCCUCCCUGCCCUCCAUCAGGCGGUCCAGCUCCAUACUGUGCCCUCCCAGCUAACACCCAGACCAUCCAGAUCAGACUGUCCUUCAGGGUUUAUGUAGGCUGUUAUUUUUUAUUUUUUAAUCCAUUCCUGUUUGUUUACCUGUGCCCUUGCUCUGCCCUCCCCCCAUGACUGAGUAUCAAUGACGUCAUGUGGUUUUUGCCACCCCCAUUAAAUUCUUAACGGAGAGCCAGCCCAAGCAGAGGUGCCCCUGACCCUCAAACCUCAGCUGCAGGAUUGGUGCCCCCUGACCCCUGUGGAGCACUUUUCUGAGACUCAAGGUCACGGGGAAGGAGAGACAAUGGGUCCUCACAGGCCAGGGGUGAGGAGGGGGCAAGGAGCCUUAGAAAUGGCUUUUCCACAAGCAAACAGAAGGGAGAAAAAAACAAAUGGGAAUUAGGGGGAAAGGGAAGAAGCUGCACCCCCAACCAUGAGAUUCUAGGAUUUUUCUACAUUCUGUAUAUUUCUUCUCAGACCCCUGAAUGCCUUAAAUGUUUAAUAAACACUGACAUUUCCAGAAAAA